UCAAUUUAGAUAUUCGGCAACACUGGCACAAGUUUUUCGCAUCGCGUCUUUGGAGUUUUUCUUUUCCCGGUAAAAUCACCUAACCGCAAGCACUGCCAGCGCCGUCCAUUGAGCUGGUUGUAACCGUCAUACAACCGGAGAAGCGGUCGCCAGCGAGGAGUGCCCACCGGAGCAGCACAGAGCCUUUUAUGCUUAUCCAGGAUUAGGUCAAGCAGACGCCAUCGCAUCGCACCGGGUGGUGGCUAGACAGAGACAGCGACAGCUAUAGCCAGAGCGGGAGUGAGCGAGCGAGCGAAACAGCCAUGUCGCGAAGCGUGCGGGCGGAGACGCGCAGCCGGGCCAAGGAUGACAUCAAGCGGGUGAUGCAAGCCGUGGACAAGGUGCGGCACUGGGAGAAGAAGUGGGUGACCAUCAGCGACACUACCAUGAAGAUCUACAAGUGGGUGCCCAUUGCCUGCACCAGCGAAAAGAAGUCAAAGCUGCAGCCCCUGAGCACGAAGCUGAGCGACAAGGAGAACUCGCAGAAGGGCACACCCACGCCGCCACAGAUUACGCCCAGCUACGGGGGCCUCACCGCCGAGGAUUCUAAUACCUGUUUCUCAGUGGUGUCGGAUAGCCAGGGAGCGGACUUUGUCUCCAGCAUGCCCUUCUCGGAGGACUCCAACUCGCAGGGCAGCGACGGGCCCGUGAAGCGCCUGAAAACGAGCGACUAGCUAAACAUUCACAGCCGCCACAGCAGCAGCAGCAGCCGCAGCAGCAGCAGCCGCAGCAGCAGCAAUUAGUCCUUAGCCCAGCCUCACCUUCACCUCCAGCCCGAUUCCCGCUUAAGUUAAGUUCGUUUAUAAUCUGCCUCAGACAAAGACUUAAGCAAUCCUACUCCUAUUCUAGAAGUAUAAGUCCAACAGCUGCCCCAGCUACAGCCCCUCCAGCCCCUCAUCAUGCUUUGUGCGGCCGGAGCAGCUCUACCGCCUAGGUCCUAGGUCCAUAGCAUUAGGCCACGAUUGCGACAUUUUAUUUAUUAGCACCCACCUGUAUCCUUCAAUCGAGCCCAAGCCAGUCUUCUCUCUCCGUAUUGUACACGUUUUUAGCUGUCAAUUCUUUAUGUACAUAGGCAUACAUAUGUAUGUAUAUAUGUUUCAUGUUCCAUGUUCCAUGCUCCAUAUAUAAAUGUUGUCAUUGUCAAUCUUUAUGUAUUAUAUUAUGUAUGUAAACGUUUGUCCUGUUCGCACUUUAUAUGCGCAUAUAUGUAUGUGUAUGUGUGUACAUAUGUAUUGCGUUAUUUACAUAAAUGUUUUGUCGCUGGC